AUGAGAGCAAUAUCUGAGACAUUAGGGUUGGAGCCUAAUUGCUUAAAAAAGGCCACCAAUUUGGAUGAAGGAUUUCAAUUCUUGACAUCAAACCAGUAUCCACCUUGUCCAGACCCUGAGAAAGUAAUUGAACUCCCACCUCACACAGAUCUAGCCCUUAUGAAUAUCCUUAUGCAAAACCACGUUGGUGGUCUUCAAAUCCUACAUAAAGGAAAAUGGGUCAAUUGGAAAGCCAUGCCCAAUACCAUGAUUGUUGGCAUUGGUGAUCAAAUCCAGAUCCUAAGCAAUGGGUUGUACAAGAGUGUGAAUCAUAGAGCAGUGGUGAAUAACAAAAGCACUAGAAUAUCAAUAGUGGCUGUGCAUGGACCAGGGAUGAACACAAAGAUUGACCCAAUACCAGAGCUCUUAGAAGCACAUGGUCAAACCCCUACUUAUUCAGGGAAUGGGAGUGUUGGAACUCAAGGCCAAAGAUGCAAGCUUUUGGAUUGGAAUGGUUAUGGGAAUAUUGUUGCUUAUGGAUAUUUCAUUUCAAAUAAUCCAAAAUAUUUAGUUCUUGAUGCCCUUAUUAGACCAUUUUCUAUGAAGGUUGGUGUUGAUUUUGCAAGAGAGCCUGAUGCAUUUCUGUGGAGUACCAAAGAAAGUGUUGGAAUUGUUAUUGCUUGGCUCGCCGACAAAGUUACAAUGAGGUGA